AUGAAACUAUUACACAACGUUAUAUGUCUCUGCUUAUGUUUCAUUUGUAUCUUUGGACAAAAAUGUGACGAUCUCGAUUCUGAUAUAUGUAAGCGGUUGCAUGGCCAGAAUCCGAGUCUGUGUGCAGAUAUUUGUUUGUCCAGUAUCUGCACUAGAUUCUGUGGUCGAUGUCCUCUUAUCUGUUAUUCCUGUCAUGAAGUAGAUGAUCCUUCUAAUUGUACCACCGCUGCAGUCUGUCCAUCUAAGGAUCAUUAUUGCUUCACAACUCAAACCUAUACAGACGACUUCCAAGAGGUUUACAAGUUAGGAUGUGCAAAGAAAUCACUAUGUGAACAGAAUAUCAACUCUGGAAAGAGAUCACAUCUCGAUGUAAAUGGAGGCUGUUGUAGUUUUGAUAAAUGUAAUAACAAACUUCCAGCAUUAAUUGAUGAGCUAACAGUAACUAGUACUACAGAAAUGGCCCAGAGCACAACAGCGUCACCGUCUAUACUUAAAGAAUGUAAGAAUUUGGAUGACGACAGUUGUCUUAGAAUAUCAAUGAUUGAUCCCUCCUUUUGUACCAAUGACUGUAUAUCAUCCCAAAUUUGUCCACGCACGUGUAGAAAAUGCUUUCAAUGUUAUCAAUGUAACGAUAUCAAUAGUCCAGGUGAUUGCAACACUACCACAACGUGUGAGACAGGAAAGGAAUGUUUUCGCCUUGAGACCUUGAGCUUUGAUUUAAGACCUGUUGUCAGACUCGGAUGUCUUGAAGAAAACUUAUGUAGCAGAUUCAACAUGGAUCCUGCACAUUCUGCUUUUGGUCGUAGAGAUGUCUCACUAAUAGGUGGAUGCUGUAAAACCGAUCUCUGUAAUAUACAACGUACUCUACCAACCACUCCAACAACUACACAAAGAGCUUCUCCGGUAACAACAAGAACACCAACCUGUAGGCCUAUGUUGAUAGGAGAUUGUCCUAUUGGAUUUGUUAGAAGAGCUGAUAGCUGCUACUACAUAAGUCGAAGCCAUGGAACACAACCAGAGGCACACAAAGAGUGUGCUUCUUAUUGUACUCGACUUCUUAUUAUAAGUAGUGAAGUAGAAAAUAAGGAAAUUACUGACUUCUUACAUCAAAGUAAACAGAUAGUUGGAAUUAAUGAAGAGUCUAGUUACUGGAUCGAUGCUUACAGAAGCGAUUCAAACUAUGAUGGUACUUGGGUAUGGAAUAGCACGGGAAUCGUUAUAAAUGACAAGAUUUAUUCUCAUUGGAGACCUGGAUCUCACGUUGAUCCUAAUGCUGACGGAGAACAUUGUGCCGAUAUAGGAAGAGGAGAGUCGUCUAAUAUUGAGACUACCAAUGGAUAUUAUUGGGACCAUCGGAGUUGUCUACGUACACUUUUGCCACUAUGUGAAUACCCUUUGGGAAAUAGUCCAUUCAGAAAGAUAAGACAGAUAGUCACGAUCAAUGUGCCCUGGAUUAACAUCAACAUGAAGUUCAUAUUAAUAAUUUUAUCACUUGGUGUUUACAUCUUGGGCACACAAGCUCAAUCAUGUAACAAUCUUGAUACUGAAGUAUGUAAGAAGUUAUCAGUCUUGAAUCCAAAUAUGUGCGCUGAUGGCUGUCUGUCUAGCAUUUGUUCCAGAUUUUGUGGACGAUGUCCAUUAUCAUGCUACUUCUGCCACCAAAUAGAUAAUCCAGCCAAUUGCACUACUGCACUUGAAUGUCCAACUACUGACCAUUACUGUUUUACAUCUCAAACGUUUACAGACGAUUUCCAUGAAGUAUACACAAUGGGAUGUGCCAUGAAAAAUCUUUGUGAACGAAACGUAAAUAAUGGAAGGAGAUCAGAUCUCAGUGUUAAAGGUGGCUGUUGUAAUAUCGAUAAAUGUAACAAUAUACUGCCGUCACAGAUAGAUCUACUACAACAGAGGACCACUGUUAUGGUCCAAAAUACUACAGUUCCUCCGUCCUAUAGCGUCUGUAAAAAUAUGGAUGAUGACGUAUGUCUUAGAAUAUCAUUGACUGAUCCAGCAUUUUGUAGUAAUGACUGUAUAGCGUCCGUUAUUUGUCCGCGCAUGUGCAGAAAAUGCUUUCAAUGCUACAGCUGCAAUGAUAUAAACCGGCCUGAAGACUGUAAUAGUACUUCGACAUGUGAGUCGGGAAAGGAAUGUUUCCAGCUAGAAACACUUAGUUUUGAUCUUCGUCCUGUCUAUAGAUUAGGAUGUCUUGACGAGAGUCUUUGUAAACGGUUCGGUGUGAACCCGGCACAAUCAGGGUUUGGACGUCGACAAACAAGUCUGUCACUGAAAGGAGGGUGCUGUAGGACUGAUCUUUGUAACAUCAGAAUUCCUCGGAUUCCUAAGAUUAUUAAUGCUCCUCCAUCAACAAUCACUACAUCUAUAGCACCACAACCUGUUAAAAUAAGUCCAACUACAAAUUGUGCAACAUCACAUGAUGAUACCCACCAUCGCGGUUGUCCUCCUGACUACACAUACGUCACUCAUGAACGUGCAUGUUUUCAUAUAGGAAAUUAUCAAUUAACCUGGCAGCAGGCCGAUAUUUACUGCAAAAAUAAAUGUGGAAAGCUAGCCGAUUUUAGUUCUAGUACAGAAAUACUUGAUGUCAUGAGCCAUAUCAAUCCAACAUUUCGUAACAAAGAUUUAUGGGUUGGUGCAGCUAAAGAUAGCCAUGGUAACUGGAUAUGGACGGACAAAAAUCAGAAAAUAAGUCUGGCCCAUAGUUCAUAUUUAGCUCUUCUAGGUGGAUCAUGUGGCGCUGCUCAUAAUUCUCGUGGUGUUUCUUUGAUUCCACACAGCUGUACCACACAACUCCAUUCCUUAUGUGAAGCACAUCGUCAAUAA